AUGGCCGACGAGAAAGAAGCCGACUCGCUGCAGCCGCCGUCCAAGCAGCCCCGCCUCUCCUCCGCCGACUCGAACGCCGGGGCGGUGACGAUGGCGGUCUCGUCGCCGCUGGGUCUUGGCCUCGGCCUGGGGCUCGGUGGCGAUAGCCGUGGCGAGCAGCAGGCCUUCGAAGCACGGGCGGCGGCGAAGUCGGCGCUGACGUUCAUGCAGCAGCAGGAGCUGGAGCACCAGGUGCUCAUCUACCGCUACUUCGCGGCGGGGGUGCCCGUGCCGGUGCACCUCGUGCUGCCCAUCUGGAAGAGCGUCGCCGCCUCCUCCUUCGGCCCGCACCGCUUCCCCUCCCUGAUUGGGCUGGGGAGCCUGUGCUUCGACUACCGGAGCAGCAUGGAGCCGGAGCCCGGGCGGUGCCGCCGCACGGACGGCAAGAAGUGGCGGUGCUCCCGCGACGUGGUGCAGGGGCACAAGUACUGCGAGCGGCACGUCCACCGGGGCCGCGGCCGUUCAAGAAAGCCUGUGGAAGGAGCCCCCUCAGCCCGGGCGCACAGCGACAGCACCGCCACCGCCCCGCCCUGCGCCAUCGGCUUCUCCCCCGCCGGCAUCCUCCACGCCACCCACAGCGCCGCCGCGCGCGCCACCUGA